AUGGCGUCAAUCAGCGCGCAGAGAGCUCGGCUUUCUCAUCUAAACUCACAAUUACCUCAAUUCGCCAUCGCCCCGUUCCUUCAGCAAAACCCGCGACAUCGACUUCACCUCCGCUACUCGUCGGGAAAGACUCACAGCCGUCCAUCGACUUCGGCGCAGCCCAAGGACAAACGUGUCCCCUCCACCUCCUCGACAUCCUCUACACCCCUCGCAAACGACGUCAAUCCACCCCCAAGCACCCGCCCAGCAGACCUCGAACUCCCCGAACCAAUAUCUCCCUCCGCACCUCUGAACGACAAAGUCACCCGUUGGGUUGCUUACGGACGCGCUUUUCUCUCCUUCUACAAAACAGGCCUCAAAAAUGUGUAUCACAACUACCGAACGUCGCUACCGAUCCGUCGCUCCUUAGGCAUCCCAUCAUACCUACCUACCUCACCUCCAUCGAGGUUCUUUCUCAAAAGCGGUGCCGGAAAUGAUAAGAAGCAUGGGCCCAUCGAAACCCGAACUAGCCGCUCUACAUUCCAGCUCCUGCAUCGUGCAUCUCAUGAUGUCCGGCGCAUGAUCCCCUUCACACUGAUCCUGAUCAUCUGCGGUGAAUUCACGCCGCUUCUGAUUCUCGCGUUUGGGAACUCCGUCACGCCAUAUACAUGCCGAAUCCCGAAACAGAUCGCGAAGGAAAGCGCGCAACGGGCGGAUCGGAAGCGCGCUGCGGUGAGUGCGUAUUCCACAGCAAUGAAGGGGUCCGUUUCAGUCCCGCAAGCGGGGUCAAAUGAGGAGCUGGAGCUGCUUUCUGGUUUCGCGAGCCCGUCGUUCGUGGAAGAGGCUACUGUGGAAGAUGUCUUGAGGGCUUGUGCGGUAUUUGGGCUUGCCAAAACGCAUACUAGGCCUGCGGUGCUGGUGAAUCCGUUAUAUCGCCCGCGGUUGAGGAAGUAUGCGGAGUAUCUUGCGUUGGACGAUAAGUUGAUUCGGAAAGGCGGUGGGGUUUCUGCGAUGGAGAGCGCCGAGGUGAAGCUUGCAGUUGAGGAGCGGGGAGGUCAGGGUCUUCCUCAGGGAAUAGAGGGCUGGGAGACCGAGAGGCUCGAGAGGAGAUGGUUGGAGAUGUGGUUGGAUAAAUGUAAAUACUAG